AAUAUUUAAUUGCAGCUUUGCCAAGGGACUUUGCCUCCUGUCUUGUAAAGGAGGGGAUGAAAAAGGAGUCAGAAGCGUGGUACUGAAGAGCCCCAAGGAGACUAUCAAAUGGCAGAUCUCAGGUGGAGGAAAGCACUCUAGCAUACAGAGGACAUGGAAAAAGCUGAGAAGCUGCGGCCAGCUCAGUCCCUCCCUUUUCUGUGCCAUUCUCCAAGAGGCAUCCCAGAGCACGAAGCAGUUCCUCUGAGAAAAUCAGUGUCUGUCUCCGAACUGGUUGCCAGGUACCAGAGCAUCCUGGACUGUGAAAGCAAAAUGUCGAAGAAAGAAUAUCCCAAGCUCAUGGAAAGAAGAUAUCUAUCACAGACUAAUGGCAAUCCAAUGGGGAAAAAGUAUGGUUUAUCCCAAAGCCAUCGUGGUGAUGUGUCCUGGAGCAAGUCCACGGAGGAUCUUCCCAUCCAUAAGAUCAGUGCCACAACACGGAACCUCCAAGGACUCCCGACCCCCUUUGACACCCAUAGAGCCAAUCCACAGAGUAACACUUUACCUUUUGCUCCACUCAAGACACCACCUCACAACAGGAUUUUGAAGAAGAGAGAAGCUGAUACCAGGAUCCUGACAACAAUCCAACCCCUGAGCAGGGAGACCAAACCCCAUAGAGAGCCAUCCUUCCCUUCCUCUCUUCAGAGCAUGCAGAGGAUGCAAUGGAGCCCCACCACCAUCACAUGGAAGAAGUCUGCCUCAAAGGAAGGCAAGAUCUCCCGUGACAGACAGGUGAUCAUCUCCUCAGUGCCGGAUGCAGCCAGUGACUCAGCCACAGGCAGAAGCUAUGAGAGGACGCGGUCAUUUUUAGACGUCUCAGACAGCACAAGGCGCAUACUCCAGCAAGGACGAGGGAGGUGCUCUUCGCUCUCCGUGAAGGAGCUGUCGGCUCGCUACCUCUCCCAGGCAGCUGCUGCUGCUGCUCACGGCGGCCCCGCACAGCCGACGACUGUGAAGGACAGCUCCACUCCUUCUUCUGACAGACAGAAAACAAGCAAGAUGGCAGAGGCUCAGAAAUCAUCUCAAGUUGCCAUCAAGAAAAUGGAAGAGGACUUACCUCCCCCUCCUGCCCUUGGCUCUGUCCAGGUCAUCCCUCCAGGGAGCCAGGAUCCCAACCCACUCCCUGUGCCUCCCCCAAAGCAAGCCUUCUCCAAGUUCUACCAGCAGCGGCAAGUGAAUGAGCUGAAGAGGCUCUACAGACACAUGCAUCCUGAGCUCAGGAAGAACUUGGAAGAAGCAGUGACCGAGGACCUGGCAGAAAUGCUUAAUGCCGAAGAUCCCAAUGCACAGGGAUCUGUGAACCUGGACAAAGUUCUUCCAGGAGAGGUUCAGUCCAUGCGCUGGAUCUUUGAGAACUGGGCACUUGACUCUAUUGGGGACCACCAAGCCACAAAGAAGCUGACAGAGGAAGAGAUCAUUCCUGGUGGGGAUGUGAAAAGUACUUCCCUGAGGUUUGAAAGCCAGUCGAUCAACGGGGACAGUCUGUCAACACCAGCCAAAGAUUCAGAGACAGACCUUGCUAGAGGGGAUGUGCAUACUGCCCGGUGGCUCUUUGAAACCCAGCCUCUAGACUCGUUAAACAAACUGUACUCAGAUGAAACUGAAGUGCAAGAGGCAGUCCUCAAGGAGCCUGUCCAGGGAGGUGACGUGAAAGGUGCCAGAGAACUCUUUGAAGCCCAGUCCUUGGAUGCUAUCGGCCGCUGCUGCUCGGUGGAGGAGAAGAGCAUCCUGCAGCUCAAGUCAGAAAUCCAGGAGCUAAAAGGCGAUGUCAAGAAGACCAUCAGGCUCUUCCAAACAGAGCCCCUCUGCGCCAUCAGGGACAAAACUGGGAACAUCCAUGAAAUCAAGUCUGUCUGCCGAGAAGAAAUUCAGAGCAAUGCAGUCAGAACCGCUCGCUGGCUGUUUGAGACUCAGCCACUGGACACCAUCAACAAGGACACUUCCAAAGUGCAAAUAAUCCGUGGGAUCUCCCUGGAAGAAAUAGGAAGGCCAGAUGUCAGUGGAGCAAGGUGGAUAUUUGAAACUCAGCCUCUGGAUGCCAUCAGAGAAAUUACUGUUGAAGAACAGGAUUUCAAAGCUUCCACGGACUUUGUCACGGGGGCAGAUGUCAGUAAACAGCGAUUACUCUUUGAGACCCAGACUCUUGAUUCUCUGAAGGGAGAAGAUUCAGAAACUGUUGCAGCUAAAGAACAAGUCAUUGGAGGUGAUGUGAAAUCUACACUCUGGCUCUUUGAAACCCAGCCCAUGGAAACCCUGAAAGACAAUUUUGAGGUGGGACGUUUGAAGAAAGUAGAGCUUUCAGCAGAGGAGAAGGGAGAUGUGAAACAAAGAAAACAUGUCUUUGAGACCUGUCCCCUUGGCAGCAUCUCUAAGUCAUUUGAGGAAGAAACUUCAGAAACCAGCAGGGAAGAGGUGGUGAAAGGGGACGUGAAGUCUUUCAAGACACUGUUUGAGACUCUCCCUUUAGACAGCAUUAAGGAGGCUGAUGCUGAGCCCAUCACCAAGGAAGAGGAGAAGAUUCCAGCUGGCAAUGUGAAAGCUAACCAAAUCCUGUUUGAGACUACACCUCUAUAUGCCAUCAAGGAUAGCUUUGGCAAUUUUCAUGAAGUCACCUCUGUAAGCAGAGAGCAGGUCAUCAGUGGUGAUGUCAAGAACUACAAAUGGAUGUUUGAAACCAGGCCUCUGGACCAGUUUGAUGAAAGCACCAAGAAAGUGGACAUAAUACGGGGAAUCACAAAACAGGAGGUGGUGGCUGGUGACGUGAGAACAGCCAAGUGGCUCUUUGAAACUCAGCCCAUAGAUGUCAUCCAUCACCAAGCCAUGCAAGGUGAGGAACACUCCUCCGUGAAGCGGGAGAUCUCCCAGCGGGGGGAUGUAAAGACUUGUAGGUGGCUUUUUGAGACCCAGCCCAUCCACACCUUGUAUGAAAAGUCUGAAAAGAAACAGGAAGAGGAUGUCUGUGUGCCCCAAGCUGAUGUGAAGUCAUACACAUGGAUGUUUGAGACUCAGCCCCUGGACUCCCUGAAAGGCCAGGAGGAGCAGUAUUUGAAAGUCAGUAAAGCCUACAGUCAGGAGGAAUUACAGGGAGUUGAUGUCAAGACUGUCCGGCAUCUAUUUGAGACCGAACCCUUGGGCAGCAGCACCAUCAGUGAAGCUGACCAAAAGAAAACCAUGCGGUACUCCAGCCGUGUGGAGAUACAGUCUGGAGAAGUGUCCAGAGUGAAGGAGUUCUUUGAGGCUAAGCCCUUGGAUACAACAACUAAACCAACAGCAGUCGUCAAGGAUGACGGGACAAUUGAAGCUGGGUCUGUGCACAAAUUCACUUGGCUCUUUGAGAAUUAUCCCAUGGAUUCCCUGAAGGACAGCUCUGAAGGCAUCCAGGAAAUCCCUCCAGAGAAAGAUAUCAAGGGGGGAGAUGUUGGAGGCAAGAGGUUCAUAUUUGAGACCUACUCCCUUGACCAAAUCCAUGACAAAGUAGAUGAGACAGAGCUCCAGAAGAUCCAGAAGGACACCAUGAGCAAAGCUAAUGUCAAGUCUUGCACAAUGCUCUUUGAAAGCCAGCCCUUAUACGCUAUCCAAGACAAGGAGGGGGGAUACCAUGAGGUCACCUCAGUGCAGAAAGAAGAAAUCAUGAAAGGUGACGUGAAAGGUGCACGGUGGCUGUUUGAAACGAAGCCUCUGGAUCAGAUCAAAAAGGAAGAAGAGGUGUUUGUGAUUAGGGCUGUCACCCAAGAGGACAUCAAGAAAGGAGAUGUCCAAGCUGCCCGGUGGAGGUUUGAAACAGAGCCUCUUGACUCCUUCUCUGGGGGAAAGACUUCUGUGCCCAGAACAGUGGAUGACGUGCAGAAGGGAGAUGUUCAGUCCAACAAGCAGCUCUUUGAGUCCCAGCAAGUGGGCCAGAAGAAGUAUGUGCGGAUGGUCAGCGUCAGCGACGUCCAGCGGGGUGAUGUGAGGACGUCCACCUGGCUUUUUGAAAACCAGCCUGUGGACUCCCUUCACGGGGAUGCGGACAGAAGCUCAUCAAUCAGUACAGUGCAGAGAGAGGACAGCCAGAAAGGGGACGUGAAACGCUGCACCUGGCUGUUUGAAACCCAGCCCAUGGACACCCUUAAGGACACAGAGGUGACAGCCACUGCUGGGGCCCAAGAAGCAAUCCCCCGUGCAGAUGUGAAAAGCACGACGUGGCUCUUCGAGAGCACACCCCUAGAUAAAUUCAGUGCUUCUGAAGGUAGUGGGGAAACAGAACUGAAAGAGAGGACUAUGAAGGAGACUUUAGAGACACUCUGCACUUGCCAGGCUAUUCAGCAUGACGGGAUCCUCAUUGAAGCCAACGAUAUGGAGAGCGUGAAGAUGGUGAAGUACCAGCUCAUCACCCCAGGUGCUCCAGAGAUCCUGAAAGAAGAGAUCGUGGGAGGCCACUUGCAAAGGAUCAUGCUGCAGCUCCUGCACAGGACCAACGUGGAAGCCCAGAGCGUGCUGGUGGAGGAAGACAGAGAGGGCAAGAUCAAAGUAAGCUCACUGCAGCUCUUGGACCAGAGUGAAGCUGUUAAAAGCAAAGAGGACUUGAGUGGAAAUGUAGCUAAGGCUCUCCAGGGCCUCCUCAGUCAAGAUGCUUCCAUCAAAAAGGGGAUGGUCUUACAAGAGACAAAGUCAGGCUCAAUGAAGAUGACCCUCUACUCCCUCCUGUUCCAUUCUGUUCAGCAAAAAGUUGUCAAGGGGGAUGUGAAGUCAACGAUAGGGAACCUGCUGGCUUCUUCUCAGGAACAGAAGGCAACUGCAACUGUUAAGCGUGAGGACAAUGAGAAGGGGAACGUCCAGCUUUUUGCGAGCUGCAUUGAGAAGGGAGACCUGGACUAUCUGAAGAACCUCCAGCAGGAGUCAGAGAUACAGUCCCUCAUCUCUUCCCAGGCAGAGCAGGGGGUGGAUGAAAGUGUCCCACUUGUGCAGGGGGCUAAGAUUCAUGUCUUAGCAAACAAAGACCAAGCAGAGAAAGUGAUUGCUGAGGGAGAGUCAGGGGCCAUGGAGGGAGCAAAAAAGGUGUUCGUAUGUGAAAGCGUGGGCAAAGAGGGGGCAUUACAGAAAGAGGCCAUGCAUGCAGCGGGUGUGACAGGCGCCACUGUGCAAUGUCUUGGGAAGCCCCAGAGCCUGCCCACAGCGAUGGGAAAGGAAGAAAUUUUGUCAGGGGGGCUUAAAGUAACUACAAAGUCAAUUCAAAGGGUUGCGGAUGUCAGCAAGAAGGCAGAGAAAGAAGAGUCCACCUCUGCUUCUUUGAAGGAACCCAAAGCUAUGACACAAGGCACAACUCAGACCCAAGUGACAGUUGAGAGGGGUGAGGUGGCUGGAGAACACCAGAGUUUGAUGACAGGGCCAGCCAGCCAGAUGCAGCCAGGAGAAAAGGUCCUUGGGAGCGAUCUUCAGGCGGCAAUGCAAAGCCUGAGGCUAGCAACAGCAGAAGCAAAAAACAUUCAGCACCACGUCCAAAGCAAGCUGCAAAAAAACAGGGAGGAGGUCCACAGGCAGCAGGCAGCCAGCAUGCAGGGGACCAAGACCCUUCAGUCAACCAUACACCAACAGGACUCUGCAUCUACCACGCGGGAGAGCACCAGCACUGCCAUCAGAACCACCACCACUAGAGUCCAGGAGGCAUCCCAGAGCCACACAAGCAUGUCUCAGAAGAGCAUAGCGUCACACAAAAAGGUCAGUGCUUCAGAGGAAGUACAGGGAGGACAACUAUUGAGCCAGGAAAACCGAGUUGUGCCCAGUAGAGAUGUUAGCAUUAAGGAUGGCCUGUAUACUGCCACGCCCGUGAAAACCUAUAUAAAUCCUUUUGUUGAGUCUGAUUACAAAGAGCAAUCAGUGCAAGAAGAAAGAGAUGUUAUUAUCAGAGGGGAUGUACAGACAGCUAUCCGAGCACUGCAAAGUGCCGCCACAGAACAGCGCCUGGUAGAAAAGGAGGAUGUUGUCCGAGGUAAUUUAAAAGCCACACUUCAGUCGCUGGAAAAGUCUAACGUUAAUGUCUCCAGAGGGGAUUUUAAAGCCGCUAUGAUAUACAGAAAUGCAGGGCAGUCCUAUUCUGUGUGUAAAAAGAAAAAUGAGACUCAAGUCAUUAGUAACCAGACAGCUGUAGUGGCUUCAGGGUCGCAGGCUGAUAAUGACUUUCCUCCUCCUCCUCCAGUUGCUGUGAUGAAAGCAGAACAUUGCCCACCCUCAGCUAAAGCAACAGGAGAAGGUGCCCUUCCACCGCCAGCCUGCAAAGAUGAAGCCCCAGGAUGUUCUGCACCAAUCCAGACCCCUCUUCCAACCCUCCCUUCUCUGUCCUGCAAACCCAGUGAGCAGAAUGCUGCAGAGAAGCCCAAGAUUUCUCCAAAAUCAGAAAUUACUGCCCCACCUAGGAAAAAACCUGUUCCCCCUCCAAAACCUGAGCACCUGUUACACGAGGCAUAUUGUGCCUCCACGAUUAACAGCACAAGCAGAUCAACCAAACCUGUCCCUCCACCACUGCCUCCAAAACCUCAAGGCUUGAGGGAGGUCGGCAAGCCAAAGCCUCCCGCUGCAGAGCUGAGAUUAGGUUGUGUGGAAGUAUGUGAACAAUCAGGCCAUGUGGAGGGACAGGCAAAAUGCUGCACUUUGGAGUCAUCCAUGGAGAAAUCUGUCACGGUUCAGGGUAUGAGCCCUGAGAGAAAGCUGCCUAAAGACACUGCCAAAACCCCUCUUCAACUGGCAGAGGAAAGGUACAAAACAAGCAAAGGAAGACAGUGCAAGUCAGAAGUGGACAGUGCUAAGACUUCAAAGCCAGUGCAAAACGGAGUGGUUGGCUUUCAAGUCGAGCAAGGAACGAUGAGUGGGAAAGCAGCAGCUCCAGGGAGCUGCCUGGGCAAGGUAGUUCAGAGGCAUUCAGAGCUGUAUCAUCAGGAGGACAGGUUCUCUUCAGUAUCACAUCCAGCCUGUCCUGGUAGAGCACAGACCCUUAACGUGCCAGGACAGACUGAGCCAAGCACCUCCUCUGUGGGCCGCAGCACUCCUCCAAAGAGAGGAGAUGACACCUCAAAAAAUGCCUUGCCCAAGGUGGAAAGGGAAAGUGUGUAUAAUGCUUACAUGUCAUGGGAUAGUCAGAGAGUCACGCAGCAGGUGAGUGAGAGGAGACAAACGAGUCAUUCGAUGUCCUUCCAUCAGCAGCCAGUGAACCCCUCCAAGGAGGAACAUCAGGGAAAUAGUGGGCAACAGAAAUGUCCCGAUGGGGAGGCAGAGGCACCUGCUCAGGAGAAGCCAGCAGUGAUUAUGCGAGAAAAACCCAAGAAAGAAACCGAAGAUGAACGUCGGAAGAGGCUGUCGGUACACAAAGAGGAGAUCAUGAAAGGCAAUGUCAAGGAGGCAAUGGAGAUCUUUGAAAAUCUCCGGAGACAGGAGGAACUGCAAGAGAUCUUGACCAGGGUGAAGGAGUUUGAAGAGGAGACGAGCAAAGUGGACGUGAAAGCUCUGAGGAGCUUCUUUGAGAAGGUGCCUGACUGGGUGGUUCGUCAGAAGACCACCCAGGCCAAACAACAGGAUAGGGCUGAGACACAGGCAAAGGACGAUGCUGACAGCGUCUCCUCAGUAGAGCUGGUUUUUGGGGACCUGGAGAGAGCAAGUGCUGAGAUUAUCCACCUGAAGGAACAGACACUCGCCCGACUCCUGGACAUUGAGGAGGCUAUCAAGAAAGCUCUUUAUUCUGUCUCUAGUCUCAAGUCUGAGUCAGACAUCGCUGGGCUCUCUGGGCUGUUCAAGGAGUCUCUGGGGAACACCCAGAGCUCUGUGAGCAGCAGCAAUAUCCGCAAAAUCAGCAUUGUCUCAAGCAAAGCCCGGCAGGAUGGAGCCACGGUGGAGACAGGGGAGGCAGCUUCUGGAGGAGGUGCAAAGGUGGCAGAAAAGACCGAGGUAACCAAGUCAGAGCUAGAGGUCCCCCGCCUUGUUCACCCUCGUGUCAGCUCUCCCUCCUCACCUUCCUACAUCUCCAUCGAGUCUGCUGCCAGGAAACCUGCAGAAUCACCCAGGACAGCACAUUCUCCACGGGACAUGGCCUCCCCAGACUGUCCUGAUGCUCCAGGAAAGAGGGAUGCUUUUGCUCAGGACGGUUUUAGCUCCUUCAACCAUCCAUCCGCAGGGUCUGCUGGGCGUGAUAAGGCUCCCUUCGAGAAGAAAUCAGAGCCCACCCAAACAAACACCGGGCUGAACUCAGUGAAACAGCACAACCUUGGAAACACCAACCACCAGGUCAGUGAGAAAGAGAAGUGCCCUCCGGACACCUCCAAAAACAGCUGUCACUGUGGGAUGAAAGGAGGCUUUCCAGAAUAUUGCUCCCUGAACACCCCCAGCCCACAGAACCCACGGAGGCAGAAAAGCAUCUUGGAGCUGCAGACAGGGCCUGAUGGGUCCAAACUCUACGGGGCCACCCGGACUGUCACAGAGCAGUACGAGGAAAUGGAUCAGUUUGGCAACAAGAUCAUCACUUCGUCCACCACCGUCACCAAGCAGUCUGAGACACAAACAUCCUCCACCUGCGACGUGGUCUCGCACCCCCGAUAUGAGGUAUCUGCCUCACCCCUGUUUCGGAGGUAUGUGAAGAGCCCGGGUGAAGAUUUCCACACCAACGGCAGCUUCCAGGAGCCAGGAGUGGUCUUCGUCACCUUUGGCAACUCCAAGCCAAAGAAAUAGAAGAUCAUGAAUGGCAAGAGAGAAUGGUGUAAAGAAGAAAAAAGAAAGUCCACAAUUAAAAAAAAA